ACUAAAAUGAUACUCAACUUGAGCAUCAAUUCUGGAGAAGUAACCACUACUCUCAUAAUUUUUGUGAUAGUUUUUGUCAUUGUAAGAGCACUGGUGAAAAAGGGUGGAAAACAGAUGUUUCCUCCAGGUCCACCCUCUUUCCCCAUCAUAGGAAAUCUUCUACAGCUUGGAGAUCAUCCUUACCUUACAUUCAUGGAAAUGAGGAGGAAAUAUGGUGAUGUCUUUCUUAUCAAACUUGGCAUGGUGCCUGUUGUGGUAAUAAAUGGAAUGGAAAUGGUGAAGCAGGUAUUACUCAAGGAUGGAGAAAAGUUUGCAGGCAGACCUGAUAUGCAUACGUUUUCUUUCUUGGCAGAAGGAAAGAGUCUUACAUUUUCAGUCAAUUAUGGAGAGAGUUGGAAGCUGAAGAAGAAAAUUGCUUCUAGUGCUCUACGAACUUUUUCUAAAGCAGAAGCUAAAUCGUCCUCUUGUUCUUGUUUACUUGAAGAACAUGUUCUUGAGGAAGUUUCUGAACUGGUAUAUAUUUUUGAAAAGUUGACGUCUGAAAAUGGCAGCUUUGAACCUCGAAAUGCUAUCACAUGUGCAGUAGCCAAUGUUGUCUGUGCCCUUUGCUUUGGCAAGAGAUAUGACCACAGUAAUAAGGAGUUUCUUAGUGUAAUUAAAACAAAUGAUGACCUUCUUAAGGCAUCCAGUGUGGCUAAUCCUGCUGAUUUCAUUCCUUGUUUUCGCUACCUUCCAUUGCCAAUUAUUAAUGGGCCUCGAAAGUUUUAUCAGGCCUUGAAUCAAUUUAUUGCACUACAUGUACAAGAUCACCGUGCUACAUUUGAUAAGGACCAUAUCCGAGACAUUACUGAUGCUCUUAUUAGUUCGUCUUGCAACAAAUAUUCUUCUUCCAAAAGAUCUAUUUUAAAUGAUGAAGUCAUAAGCACUGUGAAUGACAUAUUCGGAGCUGGGUUUGAGACAGUAUCAACAUGUCUAUACUGGAGCUUUCUUUAUUUGAUAAAGUACCCAGAGAUCCAAGCCAAAAUUCAAGAGGAAAUUGAUGCAAAAAUUGGACUGAAGUUGCCCAGAUUUGAAGACAGGAAAAAUUUUCCCUAUACAGAAGCUUUCAUAACUGAACUAUUCAGACACACCUCCUUUUUGCCUUUUACUAUACCUCAUUGUACUACAGCAGACACUAUGCUGAAUGGAUAUUUUAUUCCCAAGAAAACUUGCACCUUUAUUAAUAUGUAUCAAGUAAAUCAUGAUGAAAUGAUUUGGGACAAUCCCAAUUUAUUUAGACCUGAGAGAUUUCUAAGUGAUGACCAGCAACUGAAUAAAAACCUUGUUGAUAAGGUUUUGAUAUUUGGAAUGGGAAUCCGGAAGUGUCUUGGAGAGGAUGUUGCUAGAAAUGAGAUAUUCAUCUUCAUCACCACAGUUCUGCAAAAGCUCAAGCUGAAAAAAUGUCCUGGAGCUCUGCUUGACCUGUCACCCCUCUAUGGAUUAACCAUGAAGCCCAAACCCUACCAGCUCCUCACAGAAACUCGAUCCUAAAUAGGUCAUUAGGAAUGGACCCUAGUCUAACACGACUGUUAACCAUAUA